AUGGCGUCUCUCGGAGAUCAGCUAUUCUUCACGGAUAUCCAGACCCAGUCUGAUGAUUGGGUGGAUUUUGAUCAAUUUCUUGACCUCCCGGUGGCCUAUGGCGACGACUAUUCCGCCUCCGCCACCGUUUCGCCCGACAUGAGUCUUCCUUACGAUGCUGAAACGCUCGGAAAUGACCUGCCGGAUUUCUCCCAAUCCGCCUUCCCUGACAUGAUCAACUAUGGAACCCCCGAAGAUCAGUUCCUUGCUGACCAGUCUCCUGUCUUCGGAAUGAUGCCGGAUACUCCGAUCUUCGACGAUGAGAUGUUCAAUGCUUACCAGUCCUACGACAAUGGGUUCUCCUUCCGCCAGAUGGUCGAGACGCAGGCCGCCGCCGACCCUCGCACUGCUUCUAUCAAAGAGAAGCGUCGCGAAGCCGCCAUUGCACUGCACCUCCAGCGAUUGUGCGAUGCCACUGCCCGCGAUCUGGACAUGUCUUCCGAUUCAAAUACCAGCUUCUCCUCCCCAAGCUGGUCGGAUUGCAUGCGAGGGAGCAUUUCUCCCCAGCCUGCGAGCUUUGAAAGCCCUGCGAACACGCCUGCAUCCGCCCCAGCCUCUAGCUCUGGCACCGGAGGUUUCGAAAUGGUUCUCGACCUGAACAUGAAUGCGACUACCAAUCUGCCAAAGAAGCAGAAGCCUCGCUCCCAGGCGCAGAAAGAGAACUACAUCAAGGCUCGCAAGUAUGGUGCCUGUGAGAAGCACAAGAAGCAGCAUAAGAGGUGUAAUUGCCUGGAAAAGGCCGCCGCUCGUGCUGGUGUCAGCGAUGUUCCACUGACUGCCAAUGUCAAGGAGCGGCCACGCCAACCGAUGCUUCAUGCUCCAGCUCUCCCAGAUACGCGACAGUCUGGUGUUCCAGGACACGAUCCUUCACUGGUUCCACGCCUCUCAGCCAAGAUGAUCAAGCGAUCCAUCAGCAGUUCCCCGGAACACGAUCCGUCACGGGGCCUAUGCGCUGUUCUCCCUACAGUCAGAACAACAAAGCGAAGCGAUGUCCCGGGCCACGAUCGAAACUCGUCAAGUGUUUUGCCGGCCAUCAAGGCUACGAAGCAAAGCGAUGUUGCGGGUCCCGAUCGACUACGCAGCACUUCUUUCACUCUGUCGACUGCCAAGACAUCGAAGCAGAGCGCAUCGGAUGUUCCAGGCCAAGAUCGAAACAUGUCUGGCCUACUGCCAGCUGUUCGGGCCACGAGACAAAGCAAUGUUCCGGGCCACGACCGGCCAAACAACGCCUUUAUUGUGUCGCCGACUGUCAAGGCAACGAAGCCAAGCGAUAUUUCGGGUCACGACCGACAGACCAUUACUUCUGUUUUGUUGCCAAUUGGCAAACGAAGCAGCAGUUUACCAGGUCAGAACCCGCAGUACUCCUCCUCUGGCGUUCUAGAUGUGAACCAGAACGUCGGAAAAUGCAACAGAGCACUAAAUCACGCGAGUUCGUGCCGACCGCCAAGUGCUCUGCAAUCUGUCAAGGCAAGUCGCGAGUCGGCAGUGCGUUGGCGCACUGCUGGCCCUGCGACUGUGCUUUCGAAGGACAGAAACAACAGAAAUGCUUCGCCAACGACGAUCAGCUCGACGACCAGCUCGGUUACAGGCAACUCACUCAAAGCAAUCCUUCAAGUUCGGCGCGCCAAUACGGGAAUGCCUUCGCGUCGUCUGGAGACCUCGGAGCCAGACGGCAUCUGCAUCCGCUCCAACCAAAAGCAGUACGCUCUUGGCCUCUGCAAAUCCAAUACUCUGGCCAUCUCAAGAUCCAGCUCCAAGCCAACUCCCCAGGGGGUCAAUCAGCAACUGGAGAGCAUAUCUACAGUACCAAAUCAUGGACCAAAACAAAGCCUGGCCCAACACUCGUCACCCUCACCAUCGCCUACUCAUGGAAUCGCUCAUCAAGCUAUCUCCACCGGGCAAACCAUUCGCUCGAUUACCAGCCAAAUUGGCGGGUUAUUUUCAAGCGUUGUCUCGACGAUCUCAGGAGCAUUGUUUUCGGCGGUAUCGCCAAAAUUUGCCUCUCGGUCUGAACAAUUGAUGUUCAAUUGUUUGUCGUUCUGUGGUGCCCAUAUGAUGUCUGCAAAGAAAGGCCUUCAGCUGUAUCAGCUUUAG